UUAUUACUUAAAAGUGAAGGGUGAAUAAACCAUUAGUCGUUAAUUUAGAGAUAUGUGGGAAAAAAACAAUACUAAAAAAGUUGUUAUAAUAGGCGGCGGUUUGGUGGGUUCGAUUUGCGCCUGUUUUAUGGCUAAAAGGGGAUAUGCAGUUGAAAUUUACGAAAAAAGGGAUGAUAUUAGGAAAACGCCGGAGAUCCGUGGAAGAUCCAUAAAUUUAGCUCUAUCUCAUAGAGGUAGAAAUGCGCUGAAAGCGCUCGGUUUGGAGAAAGAAAUUUUGGAUUCAGCCAUACCCAUGAAGGGAAGAUUAUUGCAUAGUAAAAAAGGAAAAUUAAAGUCAAUUUUAUACGAUCCAUCAUUUAAUCAAUGCAUUUAUUCAGUCGGAAGGAAUUACCUCAACAAAAAACUAAUAGACGCUGCAUCGAGUUAUCCCAACGUCAACAUUUACUUCAAUCGCCACUUAACUCGAGCGAAUUUCAACGAGGGAACCGUCACGAUUACCGACUCGAAAACGUGCGAAGAAUCUCAAGUAAAUGCAGAUUUGUUCAUCGGAGCCGACGGAGCUUACAGCAAAUUGAGAUUAGCCAUGCAGCAAACUGCACAAUUUCAAUACACCCAGCUGUACAUUGAACACGGAUACAUUGAGAUGUCAAUUCCACCGGAAAAUGGGAAUAAAAUGAUCCCUAAUCAUCUACACAUUUGGCCCAGAGGUAAAUUCAUGAUGAUAGCUCUGCCCAACUCGGAUUCAUCCUGGACGGUAACAAUAUUCAUGCCUUUUGAUAUAUUCGAGAAUCUAACCACUGGAAAUGAAAUUUCGCGAUUUUUCCGGGAGACUUUUCCGGAUUCUGUUGAUUUGAUAGGCGAAAGUUCUAUACUCGAUAUAUUCAUGAAAAAUCGACCUAGCGAGUUGAUUUCCAUAAAAUGCUCUCCAUACCACAUCGGCUCGAAGUUCCUGUUGAUAGGAGAUGCUGCUCAUGCUAUGGUGCCUUUUUAUGGCCAAGGUAUGAACGCUGGUUUUGAAGAUUGUUGUCUACUGGAUGGCAUUCUGGAGAAAAAUAACGAUGAUAUAGCGAUGUCUGUAGAAGAAUAUUCUGGUGUUAGAGCGGUUGAUGCUCAUGCUAUAUGCGAAUUGGCUAUGUAUAAUUAUAUCGAGAUGAGAGAUUUGGUUAAUACUGUUGGUUUUCGAUGGAGAAAAUGCGUGGAUAAUGUAUUAUUCAAGUGGUUUCCGAAUAAGUGGAUACCGCUUUAUAAUUCAGUCAGUUUUUCUUCGAUGGAGUACAGUCGUUGCAUACAAAAUAGAAAAUGGCAAAAUAAGAUUAUCUACAGAUCAAUUAUAAGUCUGGGUAUAAUUAUCGGAACGCUGAUUGUACUUUUUCUUAAAAAUGUACUCAAUUAGAUAAGUAACAUUCCCACGUAAUUAAACUCUUACCUAAUUAAAUUGUUAUUAUAAAGGAGACGUGUAGUUCUAGUUCAAAGUAGUAAGUCCAGAGUCUUAUCAAAAACAAUAUAUUCAACCAUAACUAAAUAUAAUAUUAUGUAUGAUACAAUAGACAAUAUCACAAAUGUAGUAUAAUAAAUAUACCAAUAAAAAUUCUAACAGGAAAAUGGUUUACAAAUAACAAUUACAAUUUUCAGACUUCUGUUUGCUUACCUAAUUAACGAUCAUUAAAAUACCGAAAAUGUUUCGACACUUUCACAAAUGAGGUUUGUAAUAAUUGAGGAUAUUUUUGGUCUUACAUACUCGGAUAUUUUCAUGAUAGGAACGUUUAGGUAAUAUCCUACUCUAUGAUAAGUUUCUUUUCUUCGGGAUUGUCCAGGUAAUUGUGCUUCUGCUCCUCGAACAUGUCUGAUAAAUGUUUCGAGAACUUUUCAUGGUACUCCUCAAUGAUUUCUUUGGAUGGGUUCUCGAUUUUUGGUACUUCCAACGGCUGACCAACUGGAAAUAUUAAAUUAUGUUUAAUUCGAGUAUUCGUGAUAUAAUAGACAUGUUUGUUGGUAAAAUAAAAACAGUAAUAACUAUCAUUUAAAAAUUAUUAGCGAGUUAUCGCGAAGAUAUUAAUGCAAAUAUAAAUUUAGGCGUAUUUUUCAUUACUAUAAUUUGUUAUUCAUCGAACUUUUUCGACUGGAAUGAAUGGUUUGUCUUGACCUCCAUAAUUAGAUUCGAGUUUUUUACAUUCAUAAAAUCAACAGGAUAAUUUACAUAAAUAUGCAUGCAUGUGUGGAAUGUAACGAACGGAAAAUUUUUUAUUUUAUUUAAUUUAGAAAAUUUCUAUAUUUG